AGUUUGUGUAUGUUGGUACAAUACACCUAUGAUUUCAACGUUACAGCAGUGAUGGGAAACCGCUCCCACCUUCACCACACCGAGGUGGCUAGCUACUAAAAAGACACUCAGGGUGCACCGCUCGGCGCUCGUCAUUCUUGUGCUAAACCGUGUUAUUGCCAUUAACUCAAACGUUUUUUCUCACCGGCAGCAGACUUGAUCACGUUUAUUUAUUCCGUCCGUUCUUUAGGUCGAUUCCAACCUUUUGUUGGCCAUCACCUACCCUGUGUUGGCAGCCCCACGUUAUUUAAAUUUCACAUCACAAGUUAUGAUGGAAGUAGAUAUAAGCAUUCGCAAUCAUGGCCGCGAUAGUCUAAAUGGGCUAUUAUGUCCUCCGUUUGGGCUAAGGGAUAAAUUCGAGGUAUCUACUAUACAGACAGUGACACCGAUGUACGGAUGCGCUUACAUGGAAAGGAACAAAUUACUAAGCGCAUCACCAUUAUUCCAUUUGUGGUUAGAACGUCCAGUGUCAACUAUAGAACACAGCCAUUGCAUUGACAUUCGGAAUAUGGAUCACCUAAUAUUUGAGUGCUUGUCGAAGGAAAAUCCUAUCAACAGAAUAUUAGCUGACCAAGGAUUUAAGUUCAUUUCACUGCUGGAACUUGUAGUUGAUGAAAAAUCCCUAGAUAAAAGGGUAUUCUACAGGUGUGCCAUGUACGAUGUGCAGGACAACAAGCAAGACAGAACAAGGAUAAUACGCAUUGCAAUUUCCAAAGAAAGAGAAGAAAAACUGGAUGUAAGUCAAUGUGAAGGACUUGCAAAUCUUUUGGGAGAAAAAGAACUUCCAUAUGUCUCCGAGGGCCAAAGGACUUGGCCCGAUGGCUCAUUAUAUUUAUAUAUGAUUGGAAGAAAUCCUGAUACCUGGCCAUAUAAACCAAAUGAGGUGAAUGAUCAAAUAAGAAAAGUUCCAUACAAGUAGAUUUACCUACAACUACCGGUUGGCGGUUACCUGCAUUGUUCAAUUUAACAGCUUAAUUUAAUAGUUUUUUGGUUCACCUUUAAGGUUUUUUUUCAUUAUU